AUGGGGGAGCAGCUGCAAAGUUCUGAGGCGCCCAGCUCUACGCCUUCCGGAGACCCCCCGGUUGCGGAGGGGCUGUCUGUCCCUGAGGGCCUUUGCCUUCAGGGUGGCACCACCCAGACCCCGAUCCCUGACGCUCAGCUCCAGGGCAGGCCCCUGUCGCAGAAGGAAGAGGCGGCUCUCCCGGAGCAGGAGGAGUUGCAGGAAUAUCGCCGCCCUCGUGCUCGUUCCUUCUCUUUGCCGGCCGACCCCAUCCUGCAGGCCGCCAAGCUCCUGCAACAGCAGCAGGGGGCGGGGCAGGGGGGCGAGCCGGCCCGGGACUGCUGCGCCAAGUGCAAGAAGCGCGUGCAGUUCGCAGACUCGCUGGGGCUAAGCUUGGCUAGCGUGAAGCACUUUAGCGACUCGGAGGAACCACAGGUGCCACCUGCCGUGCUCUCCCGUCUCCGCAGCUUCCCGCUGAGCGCCGAGGACCUGAAGCAGGUCGGGGGGCUGCUGGCGGUGGCAAAGGUGCCGGCACCGCGCGCCCAGCUCCGACCCUUCUUCCAGCUCCCGGGGCUGAUCGCUGCGGAGGAACGUCUGAGGCGGCAUCGAGUGUGUCUCGAGUGCGUGCAGUGUUCCCAGCCGCCCAGUGCCGAGGUGACCGGCUCGGGCCGGGUGAUCAGCUACCCGGGACCCAGGGCAGUGACUGUACGCUACACCUUCACGGAGUGGCGCACCUUUCUGGACGUGCCGGCCGAGCUGCCUCCUGAGUCCCUGGAGAAGCUGCCUCCUGUGCCGUUGGGGCACUCUGGACCAGGGGCUGGGGAUAGUGAGGAGGAGCUGGUCACUGAGCGCUUCUGCUUCUCGCUGUGCCUGCCUCCAGGUCUGCAGCCCCAAGAAGGGGACGCUGCUGACGCGUGGGACGUCGCGAUCCAUUUUGCUGUCUGCUACCGCUGCGAACAGGGCGAAUACUGGGAUAACAACGAGGGGGGCAACUACACCUUGCGCUAUGUGCGCUCCACAGACCCGCUCUGAGUCCUGGAGCUUUGGCAUAUGCAGAGAGGCUGGCCAGCAAGUUUCAUUAAGGGAUCUCGGGGAACUGAGCAUCGCAGACUUGGCAUUAACCAAGCUUGGAGCGAAAGGAGAAAAGCAUAAACCGUAAAUUAGCAGCGCAGAUCCAUGCACCAGCAAUCACAGUGGGUCUGGCCCUCUUUGGACCUACUUUUCUACUUGCCUUCUGGAACUCCCAGCCUGCAAUGGAAUAAGGAACACCCCAGUCCCCCAAGCAGAGGCUCUCUCCAAGUAAAGGGUUCUGGAACCCUGAAACAGAACUUGUGACCUUGGGGGUUUGUUUCUAACAUGAGGUGUUGUCCUUAGAGCUUGGUGAAAACCUGCAGGGAAAGACAGGGCACCCCACUUCCACGUGGGAAAGGAAGGUCUUCACUCGUGGAACCUUCAACACCCACGCUUGAUUCUCAGGAGGCUCGGUGGUGCCUAUCAGCCCGUCCCUUUUAACUGGGAUCUGGAAACUUCCGUCCAGACACAGCACCAUUUUCUCCUGUGAUUGGAUACAAAUAUCCCUUUAAAAAGUAAAGGCCAAGUGGACAUAAUUUCCCUCUGUGCUUCAUGUUUUACAUCUGAGGGUUUGUGUUUGAGGAGGCCUUGGCAAUCAGGGGAUGCUCAGCUGAUGACGCGGCACUGUGACAAGUGUGAAACAAGAAUAUUGACAUGUUUUCUCUUGAUGUGGAAAAGUCCAGUUCCCCACACUGGGAAAGAGCGGUUUUCAAAAUGUACAAGAAGUGUUCUGUCUCUUGCCAUAGUAAAAUGUUGGACGA